GCUACAGUAAUCUUUUGCUAAACUUCAUCUGUUUGUUUUUAGAACUUUUCAAAAACUGUUUCUAGUCUUGAGGUUAGGAAGUAGAUUAAUGCAGUGUAUAAUUCUUUUUAAUAUUAUGUCAUUAUUAGCUCUGUUUCUUUCAAUAUAAUUUUGGGGGCAAUUUCUUUUCACUUUUGAAAAUCCAUAUUCAAAAUCAUGGCCAUUAUUUAAAAGAAUACCUAGUAUAAACAUGAGUCUAUAAUAUAUAAUCCUCAUUUAUUUAGUGGAAGAUGUGAUAAAAAUUGUUAUGAAGAAAAUACAGGCCAGGUGCUGUGCUCAGGUCUGUAAUACCAGCACUUUGGGAGGCUAAGGCAAGAGGAUUACUUGAGUUAUCAUGAGUUUGAGACCAGUUUGGGCAACAUAGCAAGGCCUUGUCUCUAAUGAAAAAAAAAAAAGAGAAAGAAAAAUUAGCGUUGUGUGGUGCUGUGCACCUGUAAUCCUAGCUACUUGGGAGGCUGAGGUGGGAGGAUUGCUUGAGUGCCCUGAGGGCAGAGGUUGCAGUGAACCAAGAUGGCACCACUGUACUCCAACCUGGGCUGAGUGAGACCCUGUCUCUAUUUAAAAAAAAAAAAAUUCAUCUCGCCGCUGCUGCUGCUGCACUGAUGGCAGUGGCCCGUGCCUCAGAGUUACCGAUUUAUUCUUGAGACUCAUCUACUCUCAUCUAUCCUCAUGGAUGAACUUCAGGAUGUUCAACUCACAGAGAUCAAACCACUUCUAAAUGAUAAGAAUGGUACACGAAACUAGGACUUUGACUGUCAGGAGCAUGACAUAGAAACAACUCAUGGUGUGGUCCAUGUCACUAUAAGAGGCUUACCCAAAGGAAACAGACCAGUUUUACUAACAUAUCAUGACAUUGGCCCCAACCGUAAAUCCUGUUUCAAUGCAUUCUUUAACUUUGAGGAUAUGCACGAGAUCACCCAACACUUUGCUGUCUGUCAUGUGGAUGUUCCAGGCCAGCAGGAAGGGGCAUCCUCUUUCCCCACAGGGGAUCAGUACCCCACAAUGGAUGAGCUGGCCGAAAUGCUGCCUCCUGUUCUUACCCACUUAAGCCUGAAAAGCAUCAUUGGAAUUGGAGUUGGAGCUGGAGCUUACAUCCUCAGCAGAUUUGCACUCAGUCAUCCAGAAUUUGUGGAAGGCCUUGUGCUCAUUAAUAUUGACUCUUGUGCUAAAGGCUGGAUUGAUUGGGCAGCUUCCAAACUCUCUGGCCUGACAACCAAUGUUGUGGACAUUAUUUUGGCUCAUCACUUUGGGCAGGAAGAGUUACAGGCCAACCUGGACCUGAUCCAAACCUACAGAAUGCAUAUUGCCUAAGACAUCAACCAAGACAACCUGCAGCUCUUCUUGAAUUCCUAUAAUGGACGCAGAGACCUGGAGAUUGAAAGACCCAUACUGGGCCAAAAUGAUAACAAAUUAAAAACAUUAAAGUGUUCUACUUUACUGGUGGUAGGGGACAGUUCGCCUGCAGUUGAGGCUGUGGUCAAAUGUAAUUCCCGCCUGAACCCUAUAAAUUCAACUUUGCUAAAGAUGGCAGACUGUGGGGGACUGCCCCAGGUAGUUCAGUCUGGGAAGCUCACCGAAGCCUUCAAGUACUUUUUGCAGGGAAUGGGCUACAUACCAUCUGCCAGCAUGACCCGGCUUGCCCGAUCACGGACCCACUCAACCUCAAGUAGCACUGGCUCUGGAGAAAGUCCCUUCAGCUGGUCUGUCACCAGCAUUCAGUCAGAUGGAACUCUAGAAUCCUGUGAGUCCCCUGAUGUCCUGGACAGACACCAGACCAUGGAGGUUUCCUGCUAAACAGAUGCUCCUCCCCUGAAUCAUUGCAAGUCCAUCCUUCUUCAAAUGACCAUUCCAUAGUAUAACAUUUCAUCCAGUAAACUGGCCUCUACUAUCUUUAACUCAUGCAUGGCCACUGAACCUCUUUUUUUUUUUGAACCUCUCUCUAGUAGCCUGGAUUUAUCAUUCUCUCUGACUGCUCACCCCUUUUUUGUAUAUCCCAAAACCCACUUCCAUGCCAUACCGUAACAUUCCAACAUCUUUAGCUGAUCAGGUCUCUUCAUAUCCUCUCUUGCCAGCUUUUUUCUGUGCUCCCUCAACUAUGUAUCAGAUAAGAUUCUUUGAUCCCGACUCUGUGUGUGUGCGAGCACGCGUGUCUGUGUUUGUGUGUGCAUAGUUGUGUGGUUUUAGACAUGCUUUCUUGUAGUGCUUCUGCAAAAUAUUAAAAAGGGACUUAUUUUGCAUUCUCAAUGGUUUUUUUAAGGGAAUUAGGCAGAACAGAUUUCUAGGUAGGGUAGGCCAACUGCAUUAUCUUUUGUUUGCAGAUUGGUCAACAAAAUUUGCAAAGUGAUUUCAGGAGAGAGCAGCUCUGAGGAAUGUGGAAAAUCAUAAUUACUGCCUGGACCAUUGAUUGAUUGUGACCAAUAGGAGAAGGCUGCCUGUUACAUAGAGAGGCUCCUUCUGUCCAAAUGAAUUCAUGUAUACUAUUCUAUAAAUAAAAGGGAGGAAUAUAUUCUGCUGGAAGCCCAUGAACCAUCAUCGGUGAGGUUCUGAUACAACAUAAGAGUUGUUUCCAAGGAGAGAGUGUGGCUUAAUUACUGGACUCACUUAGCACAGGAAGGUGGAAAACAAAAUGCCAGGCCUCUGCUCUGCAGGAACAAAACUGCUAUUGCUACAGUAUCUGAUAGCAGACAUCCACAUAUCCACAAGAAGUGCCUCUUAGGUCUAUGAUGAGAGUAUGUCUCCAUUCCUCACUUCCCAGAAAGGGGAGAGGGAUGGCUUAAAAAUCAUGUAGAUGGUGGAGAAAUGGGUGGGGGGAGAGGAACAGCCAUUAGCAUUGUAUCAUGUUUAAUAAGCUUGAUUUCAGCAGCCAUAUGGAAGCCAAAUUAAAUUAAUAUAGAACUAAAAAAAAAAUAAGUAAAAAUAAAAAAAUUCAGUGAACAAAAUUUUAAGGAAAGGUACAAAAGACAUGUAGUACUUGGUUACGGUAAUUGUAAGUAAAACUGUAUGAAUGCAGGAUCUUUAAAAGACCAGAAGAGAAGGGGUAUAGCAUGAGUAAUGUAUUUAGGAAAAUGCUGGUAGAAAGCAUGAAGUAAUUAGAGCUGUGUAAAUGAUACUGGAUGUUUAUAAGGCAGGUCAGGUAGGAAUUAAAAGCAGCAAUAAUAAAAGAUAAUUGCGGAGACCUGUAAUCCCAGCAGUUUGGCAGGCAGGUGGGUGGAUCACUUGAAGUCAGGACUUUGAGACCAGCCUGGCCAACAUGGUGAAACCCUCAUCUCUACAAAAAAUAUAAAAAUUAGCCAGGUGUGGUUGCACAUGCUUAUAAUCCUAGCUACUCAGGAGGCUGAGGCAGGAGCAUCACUUGAAUCUGGGAGGUGAAGGAUGCAGUGAGCCAAGAUUGUGCCACUGCACUCCAGUUUGGGCAACACAGCAAGACUGUCUCAAAAAAAGAAAGAUAAUUGUGGAAACUAUGGGUUAGAGAAUGAAUCUAUAGAAAGAUUAUUAAUUCACAGUGUGAAAAAAUACAGUAUAUGUUUAUUUCACUUAAUAAGUCUUACUGUUACAUGUCAGGAACUGGAUUUACAGUGGUAAAAUAAAAAACAGGCAUGGUUCUCAGACUCAUGGAGUUCUUGAUAAUUGAAGUGAGGAAUGUGCUUAUUUGAUCAAGUCUACCAAUUCAAGUAGAGAAUGUGGAACCAGUUUUGGGCAUUCUUGUUUUAAAUUUUGAUUGGUGAAAGAAUCUUAGCAUGAGGGAGGAAGAGAGUAAUAUUUGUCAUUUAAACGUGGAAUUGAAUUGUAAGAUUUGAGAAUGGUCAGAGACAUUAAAGAAAGUAGAUAAUACAAGCUGGUCCAUGUAGUUGUGUACCUAGGUACUGGCUUGAUUUCUAAAUGUGAACUUCUCAUUUGCAGAUACUUAAUCAGUUUAAGGAAUGAUUCCAUUUGUUUGGCUGUAGGCUGGGGCUCUCUUUUAAUAGAUGUUUUGUUGGCAUUCUCAUGACGGGGAAGUCUAACUUAAGACUGCUGCUAUAAUUUACUUACCUCUCUUGGGAAUCUUUGAGUUUGCAUGAUCUGUGACCUAUUUCAGGACUUAGGGGGUAAUGAGAAGUUCUCCCUAAAAAAUAGCUUCUGUUUAUAACAGAACAGGUUAUGAGAAGACUAUAAAAUAGCUGAAUGUAGGGUCUUUGUGUAUUAUUCCCUAGCUGAAAAAAUUUUAAGUAUUUAGUUUUUCUGAUGAAAAAUUUUUUUUUUUUGAGACACAGUCUUGCUCUGUCUCUGGGGCAGUCUUGGCUCACUGCAACCUCUGCCUCCCAGGUUCGAGUAAUACUCAACCUUCCAAGUAGCUGGAAUUACAGGCACCCGCACCAUAACCCGGCUAAUUUUUAUACUUUUAGUAGAGACGGGCUUUCAGCAUCUUGGCCAGGUUGGCCUUGAACUGCUGACCUCAUGAUCCAACCGCCUUGGCUUCUCAGAGUGCUAAGGACUACAGGCAGGAGCCCCUGCCCCUGCCUGAAUUUUUGAGUCUUAUUCUAAAUGCCUCUUUUUUCUUUUGGGGGGACUGUAAAAUUAUUAAAAUUGUUCUCUUUUUUUUAUAUUGCUCUUCUCAGCACCUAUUUGUUUUUUAUUAUUACAAAGAAAGAGAAAGAGAAAGGGGAGAGAGAACAGGAGUCUUGCUCUAUUGCCCAGGCUGGAAUGCAAUCUAAAAAUAGGUAUUAAAAACCUCUUUUAUGCUGAUAAUUGUACCUAACAGCGGAGACAGGAAGGAAUAAGGGAAGAAAAUAAACAGCCAACCAGUGUUUCAUUUAAGUCUGUGAAAUGCUGUGCAAGUGCUGAAGAGUGAUUUGCUUCCAAUUAUGUGGUCACUUUCAAAAUAGGUGUAACUUGAUACUGAGAAAAAUGUAUGUUCUGUGGACCUGGGGUGAAGAAUUCUAUAAGUAUUCACUGAAUUUACUUGUUCCAGGUCUGAGUUCAAAUCAUAGAUGUCCCUGUUAAUUUUCUAUAUCGUUGAUCUGUCGAGUAUUAACAAUGUGGUGUCAAAGUCUCCCGCUAUUAUUGUGUGGGAGUCCAGGUCUCUUUCUAAGUCAUUAAGAACUUGUCUUAUGUAUCUGGGUGUUCCUAUAUUGGGUGCAUAUAUAUUUACGAUCAUUGACUCCUGUUGUUGCAUUGAUCCUUUUACCAUUAUGUAAUGCCCUUCUUUGCUUCUUUUAGUCUUUGUUACUAUUUUUUUUUUCUUUUUUCUUUUGAGACGGAGUUUUGCUCUUGUUACCCAGGCUGGAGUGCAAUGGCGCAAUCUCAGCUCACCGCAACCUCCGCCUCCUGGGUUCAGGCAAUUCUCCUGCCUCAGCCUCCUGAGUAGCUGGGAUUACAGGCACACGCCACCUUGCCCAGCUAAUUUUUUGUAUUUUUAGUAGAGACGGGGUUUCACCAUGUUGACCAGGAUGGUCUUGAUCUCUCGACCUCGUGAUCCACCCGCCUCAGCCUGUCUUUGUUACUAUUAAAGUCUAUUUUGUCAGAGAUGAAAGCUACAACUCCUGUGUGUGUUUUUUUUUUUAAAUAUGCUCUCCAUUUGACUAAUAAGUCUUCCACCAACACUUUGUUUUGAGUCUUUGUGUGUCCCCACUUAUGAGAUGGAUCUGGAUACAGCGUACUGAUGGGUUUUGACUUUUUAUUCAAUUUCCCUGUCUGUGUCUUUGAUUGAGGCAUUUAAUCCAUUUAAAUUUAGGAUUAAUAUUGAUAUUUGUGAGUUUAAUAUUGUCAUUUAAUGCUAGCUGGCUAUUUUGCCCAUUAAUUGAUAUAGAUUCUUCAUUGUGGAGAUACUCUUUACCUUUUGGUAAGUUUUUGGGAUGACUGAUACUGGUUGUUCCUUUAUGUGUAUAGUGCUUCUUUCAGAAGCUCUCGUAAAGCAGGCCUGGUGGUGAUGAAAUCUCUGAGUGCUUGCUUGUUCAUGAAAAAUUUUAUUUUUCCUUCAUUCAUGAAGCUUAGUUUGGCUGGAUAUGAGAUUAUGGGUUGAAUAUUCUUUUCUUUGAGGAUAUUGAAAAUUGACCCCCACCCUCUUCUAGUUUGUAGGGUUUCUGCUGAGAGAUAUGCUGUGAGUCUGAUAGGCUUCCCUUUAUGGGUAACCUGACCUUUCUUUAGCUGCCAUUAGAAUUUUCUCCUUUGUUUCAACCCUGGUGAAUCUAAUGAUUAUGUGUCUUGGUGUUGCUCUACUUGAGGAAUAUCUUUGUGGUGUUCUCUGUAUUACCUGGAGUUGAGUAUUGUCCUGCUUUACUAGGUUAGGAAAAUUUUCCUGAAUCAUAUCCUGAAGAAUAUUUUCCAGCUUGUAUUCAUUCUCUUCAUGACAUUCAGGUACACCUAUCAAACGUAAAUUAGGUCUUUUCACAUAGUCCCAUAUUUCUUGGAGACUUUGCUCAUUCCCUUUUACUCUUUCUUCUCUAAUCUUGUCUUUUCAUUUCAUUUCAUUAAGUUGGUCUUCGACUUCUGAUAUCCUUUCUUCUGCUUGAUCAAUUCGAGUGUUAAAACCUGUGCAUACUUCGCGGUGUUCUCAUAUUGUAUUCUUCAGUUCCAUUAAUUCACUUAUAUUCCUCUCUAAAUUGUCUGUUCUCAUUAGGAUUUCGUCAAACCUUUUUUCAACAUUUUUAGUUUCUUUACAUUGGGCUAGGACAUGUUCUUUUGACUCACAGAAGUUUCUUAUUAUCCACCUUCUGAAGCCUAAUUCUGUUAAUGGAACGCACUCGUUCUCCAUCAGGCCUUGUUCCCUUGUUGAUGAGGACCUGUGAUCCCCUGUAGAGGGAGAGGCAUUCUGAUUUUGGGUAUCUUCAGCCUUUUUAUGCUGGUUUCUUCCCAUCAUUGUAAAUUUAUCCACCUGUUGUCUUUGUAAUUACUGAUUUUCAAAUUAGGUCUCUGAGUGGACGUCCAACUUGCUGAUUCCCAGCGCUGGAGUGUGAGCAACUCACUGCACCGGCUAAAACAGUGGCGUCAAGAUUCAUGGUGCUAUUCUGCCUGGAAAUCUCCGGUCUGGCUUCCUUCUUGAGUCCCUUUUUCAAUCAGUUUAAUAGGCGACUCUGCCUUCCCAGAGCUCCAGACGUUGACCAAAAGGGGACCCAGUCCUGUUUACUCUGUACCAAGAACUGCUGCACUGGGGCACCAGCAAAACUGCCGUGCCGGCCACAAGAGUUGUGCUGGUGACCCGUGGGGCUCCUCUGCUGGGAAUCUCCUGGUCCAUGAGCAACAAAAAUUCGUCUGAAAGUGUGGCGUCCUCUUGUUCUGUGCACUUUCACUGGGAGCUGCUAGUAAUCAGCCAUCUUGGAUCUCUCCUAAAAUUGUUAAUUAUUAAACAUUAUUGACUUUGAGGAUGCUUUCUAAAUAUUUAAGAGAGUUCACUUUGUUUUGAUUAGCAUCCAGAUUCAUAUAUAUGUAUAUCUGUCUAUAUUUUGUCUACAGUAGUGUUAAAUACAUAUUAGAAAAUUGUGAUAUUUGAGUCUUACCUUUCCACUUUCAGUUUGUUAUUGUCAUCAGCAAACCCCUUUUAUACAAUUGGUUCAUGUUCAGACAGUAAUUGGUGAGGUUGUAGGUAACUAUUGUCUUUCCAUUGCCACAUAGGGUCAGUAAGGCAUGUAUUCUCUUUUAGCAAUCCAGGAAAGGUUCAUUCAUAGAGAACAUAUUUUCCACAGUACUACUGUCAAAGUAACUUUUUUUUGUUUUAAGUAACCUUUUAAAAAAAACUUCUAGGUUCAGGGGUACCUUUGCAGGUUUGUUAUGUAGGUAAAUUUCAUGUCAUGAGGGUUUGAUGUAUAGAUUAUUUUGUCACUCAGGUAAAAACUUGGUUCCCAAUAGGUAGUUUUCCUAUCCUCACCCUCCUCCCACCCUCCACCCCCUACCCUCAAGAAGAUGUUGGUGACUGUUCUGUUCUUUGUGUUCAUAUGUACUCAAUAUUUAGCUCCCACUUAUAAGUGAGAACAUAUGGUAUUUGGUUUUCUGUUCCUGCUUAGGAUAAUGGCUUCCAGUGCCAUCCGUAUUGCUGCAAAGGACAUGAUCUCAUUCUUUUUUAUGGCCGUGCAGUAUUCCAUGGUGUAUAUGGAAUAUUUCUUUAUCCAGUCUACUGUUGAUUGGCAUUUAGAUUGAUUUCAUGUUUUUGCUAUUGUGAAUAGUGCUGCUACGAACAUACACAUUCAUGUGUCUUUAUGGUAGAGUGAUUUAUAUUCCUUUGGGUAUACAUCAGUAAUGGGAUUGCUGGGUCAAAUGGUAGUUCUAUUUUCAGUUCUUUAAGAAAUUGCCAAAUUGUUUUCCACAAUGGCUGAACUAAUUUACAUUCCCACCAGCGAUGUAUCAGCACUCCCUUUUCUUUGUAGCCUUGCCAGCACCGUUUUUUUUAAAGCUUUUUAACAAUACCCAUUCUGACUGGUGUGAGAUGAUAUCUUGUGGUUUUGAUUUGCAUUUCUGUAAUCAAUGAUGUUGAGCAUUUUUUCAUACACUUAUUAACCAUACAUGUGUUUUCUUUUGAAAAGGGUCUCUUCAUGUUUUUUGCCCUCUUUUUAAUGGGGUUGUUUUUUGCUUGUUAAUUAAGUUCCUUAUGCAUUAUGGAUAUAUUAGAUCUUCGUUGGAUUUAUGGUUUGCGAAUAUUUUCUCCCAUUCUGUAGGUUGUCUCUGUUUUGUGAUGCAGAGGCCUUUUGGUUUAAUUAGGUCCCAUUUGUCAAUUUUUGUUUUUGUUGCAUUUGGUUUUGGUGUCUCCAUCAUGAAAUCUUUGCCAGGUUCUGUGUCUAGAAUCUUAUUUCCUAGGUUAUUUUCUGGGGUUUUUAUAGUUUUAGGUUUUACAUUUAGGCCUUUAAUCCAUCAUGAAUUGAUUUUUGUGUAUGGUGUGAGGAAAGGGUCCAGUUCUGCAUAUGACAAGGUAGUUAUCCCAGUACCUUUUAUUGAAUAGAGAUUCCUUUCCUCAUUGCUCAUUUUUGUGGUUUUGUUGAAGAUCAGAUGGUUGUAGGUGUGCAGCUUUAUUUAUGGACUUUCUAUUAUGUUCCAUUGGUCUAUGUUUUCGUAUCAAUACCAUGCUGUUUUGGUUACUAUAGCCUUGUAGUAUACUUUAAAGUUGUGUGAUGUGAUGUCUCCAGCUUUUUUUUUUUUUGAUUAGGAUUGCCUUAGCUGUUUGGUUCCAUACACAUUUUAAAAUAGUUUUUUCUGAUUUUGUGAAGAAGGUCGUUGUUAGUUUGAUAGGAUUUGCAUUUAAUUCUGUAAAUUGCUUUGGACAGUAUGGCCUUUUUAGUAAUAUUGAUAUUUUUUAUUCAUGAACAUGGAAUGAUUUUCUAUUUGUUUGUUUCAUCUGUGAUUUCUUUGAGCAAUGGUUUGUAAUUCUUGUUGUGGAGCUCUUUCACCACUUUUGGCGGCUGUUUUCCUAGGUAUUUUAUUUUUUUUGUGGCUAUUGUGAAUGGAAUUGUGUUUUGUGUUUUUUUUCCUUUUACUUUGUUUUUUUUUUUUUUAGAGACAGAGUCUGGCUCUGUCACCCAGGCUAGAGUGCAGUAGCACAGUCUUGGCUUACUUCUCUUUUUGCCUCCUGGAAUCAAGCAAUUCUCCUGUUUCAGCCUCCUGAGUAGCUUGGACUACAGGCCCACACCACCACACAUGGCUACUUUUUGUAUUUUUAGUAGAGAUGAGGUUUUGCCAUGUUGGCCAGGCUGGUCUUGAGCUUCUGGGCUUAAGUCAUCCACCCACCUUGGCCUUCCGAAGUGCUGGGAUUACAGGCUGAGCCACUGUGCCUGUCUAUGAUUGUGUUUUUGAUUUAGCUGUCAACUUCAAAAUAUGUGGUCAUCAUUAUGCAGUGAAUCACAUCUUAAAAAUUUGCUGAAGAUUGUUUUAUGGUUUAUUAUGUGGUCAGUUUAAAAGUAUGUGCCCUGUGCAGAUGAGAAGAAUGUAUAUUCUGUUGUUUUGAAUGAAGAGUUUUAUAGAUUAUCUGUUAGGCCCAUUUGGUCAAAUGCUGAGUUCAGGUCCUGAAUAUCUUUGUUAUUGUCUCUGCCCCAAUAAUCUAAUUCUAUCAGUGGAGUGAUAAAGCUUCCCACUAUUAUUUUGUUGUCAUCUAUGUCUCUUCAUAGGUCUCUAAGAACUUGCUUUAUGAGUCUGUGUGCUCCUUUGUUGGAUGCAUGUAUUUUUAGGACAGUUAAGCUUUCUUGUUGAAUUGCACCCUUUAUCAGCAUGUAAUGUUCUUCUUUGUCAUCGUUGGUUUAAAGUCUGUUUUGUCUGAAAUUAGAAUGGCAGCCCUGGCUUUUUUCUGUUUUCCAUUUGCUUGGUAGAUUUUUCUCUAUCCAUUUACUUUGACUCUGUCAGCAUCAUUGCAUAUGAAAUGAGUCUCUUGUAGACAGCAUGCCGUUGGGCCUUGUAUCUUUAACCAACUGACCACACUGUGCCUUUUAAUUGAGGCAUUUAGCAUGUUUACAUUCAAGGUUAAUAUUGGUAUGUGCUGAUUUGGUUCUGUCAUCAUGUUGUUAGCUGGGUAUUAUGCAGACUUGAUUGUGUGAUUGCCUUAUGGUGUCAGUGGUGUGUGUACUUAAGUAGUCUUUUUGUGAUGUGCAGUAACAGUCUUUUCUUUCCAUGUUUGCACUUAAGGACCUCUUGUAAGGGAAUUCUGGUGGUAACAAAUUCCCUUAGCAUAUGCUUGUCUAAAAAGAAUCUUAUUUCUUCUUCACUUACAAAGCUUGAUUUGGCUGGAUUUGAAAUUCUUGGCUGAAAUUUCUUUAAGAAUACUGAAUAUAGGUCCCCAGUCUGUUUUGGCAUAUAGUGUUUCUACUGAAAGGUCUUCUGUUAGCCUGAGAGGGUUCCGUUGUAGGUGACCUGCCCCUUCUCUCUAGCUGUCUUUAGCAUUUUUUCUUUCAUUUUGACCUUGUAGAAUCUGAUGACUAUGUGUCUUGGAGAUUGUCAUCUUGUAUAGUGUCUUGCAAGAAUUAAUCUGCAUUUCCCAGAUUUGAAUGUUGACCUCUCUAGUGAGGUUUGGGAAAUUUUUGUAAACUGUAUCCUCUAAUAUGUUUUCUGAGUUGCUUGUUUUUUCUCUCUUUCAGGGAUGCCAGUAAGUUGUAGAUUUGGUCUCUUCACAUAGUUUCAUAUUUCUUGAAGGUUUUGUUCAUUCUUAUUUAUUAUUUUCUCUUUAUUUUUGUCCGACCGAAUUAUUUUAGAGAACCAGACUUUGAGCUGUUGGAUUCUUUCCUCAGCUUGGUUGAUUCUGCUGUUAAUACUUGUGAUUAUGUUAUUAAAUUCUUGAAGUGAGUUUUUCAGCUCUGUAAGUUCAGUUUGUUCUUUCUUAAGUAACCAUUUUUGGAGGGUAUACUUUUGAUAGGACUUUUCUUAAAAGCUGCUCAGUUAUUUGCAUAUUUCUUUCAUUUAACAUAAGCUUAUUAUUUUACUUCUAGGGAAAUGUUUUUAUUUUUUUCUCUUAUUGGUGGCAUGCUUCCUUUGCAGAAUUAGCUUUAAGAAGUUUUUUAAAACUUUUUGAGAAUAUCAUCUACAUUUCUCUUGAAACUUAUUUCCACAAAAUCUUAACUCAGAGUGACACUGAAUGUGUCUUUACCCAGGUACAAAUGCAGAUACAGUAAUAAAUCAAAAACAUGAGAUGGGAAUAGAUUUAGGAAGGUGGGGAAAAGUAAGUAAGUAAAAUGAGUAGUAGGAAGCUUGACAAGUUGACUUCUAAGAAUAUAAGCUUCUCUGUGGUAUCUAUUGUAUUGUCAUUUUGGCAAUUAAAACAAACUUUGUUUCCUAAACCGCUCUUGCUAUAUAAUUACCAUGUAUUUUGCUGUUCCAGGAAACCAGAUCAACUCUCAGUCAUUGCAACAUUUUUUAUUCUAAAAAUAGCAUAAAUCUUAGCUGGCUCGGUUUUUAGGUCUAUUUGUUUAACUUUUGCUAUACGAUGAAUUUUUUUGACUUUAAGAUUAUGGUAAAUGAUUUAUGUUUUUCUAUGAAGGAUAGUAAGAUAUUUAAUGUUGUUCAUAUAAAGAUGUACUUUAAAAAAUUUUAGCCAAAUAAAAAAUUUUUUCUGAUUCUUUAUAGUUUAUUUUGAUAUGU